UGUUAUGUUCUCCGAACGCUACAAACUCUCUUCAUCUCUCAUCUUCCUCAUCCUUCCCUUUCCCAGUUUCCCCCUUCUCUGCUCCAUUUCUCAUUUCCCUCGCUAAAUCAAUCUCAGAGUGAACGGUGAUUAGGACUGCUACUCUGGCUUGGGGGAUUCCGGAUUACUCUGUUCUUUGUUUCAUGGGCUGGUUUUGGGAACCACAAGCGCCAUGACCAAAUCUCAUACUCAUAGUUUUCUUCAUAAUUUGAUUAAACCCUUCAAAUUUGGUUCUAAGGGAAGCAACGAAGAAGAGUUAGAGAGGAUUGCUGCCCAGGAGCAAAAGAUAUUUCCCUAUGAAACGUUAGUUGCUGCUACCAAAAAUUUUCAUUCUCAUCACAAGCUUGGCGAGGGAGGUUUUGGACCCGUCUACAAGGGGAAGUUGGACGAUGGAAGAGAGAUUGCGGUGAAGAAGUUAUCGCAAAGCUCAAAUCAAGGAAACAAAGAGUUCGUGAACGAGGCCAGGUUGCUGGCUCGCGUGCAGCACCGGAAUGUGGUGAAUUUGUUGGGUUAUUGUGUCCAUGGCACGGAGAAGCUACUUGUGUAUGAGUAUGUUGCUCAUGAGAGCCUUGACAAACUUCUAUUCAAAUCCCACAGAAGACAGCAGCUAGAUUGGAAAAGGAGGUUUGACAUAAUCACAGGCAUAGCAAGGGGUUUACUUUAUCUUCACGAGGACUCGCAUAGCUGCAUCAUCCACCGAGACAUCAAGGCCAGUAACAUCUUGCUUGAUGAUAAAUGGAUGCCCAAGAUUGCAGACUUUGGCAUGGCUCGUCUCUUCCCUGAGGAUCAGACUCAUGUCAAUACACGGGUGGCUGGCACCAAUGGAUAUAUGGCUCCAGAGUAUGUGAUGCAUGGACAUUUAUCAGUGAAGGCAGAUGUGUUUAGCUAUGGGGUUUUGGUGCUGGAGCUGAUAAGUGGCCAAAGAAACUCAGCGUUUAGCCUUGAGGUGGAUGCACAUAAUCUGCUUGAUUGGGCCUACAAGCUUUACAAGAAAGGGAGGAGCUUAGAAAUGGUUGACCCUGCGUUAGCAGCUUCAGCAGUAACAGAUCAAGUAGCAAUGUGCAUACAACUGGGUCUGCUAUGUGUUCAAGGGGAUCCGCGGCUCCGGCCAAACAUGCGGCGGGUGGUGGUGAUGCUGUCGAAGAAGCCGGGCCACAUGGAAGAGCCGACUAGACCAGGAGCGCCUGGUUCCAGAUACAGAAGACCUCGCAGGCCCUCUGCAUUUUCUACCACAGCCGGUACUUCUGGUGGUGACUCUGAUUCUCGUACUUCUGACUCUAGCAAUAACUGUACCACCACUGCAUCAACACCGGCAACAAGCUCCGCUGCUGCUCGAGAAAUUGACGCUCGUGGAAAACGUCCCAUGCAUGAGGUUUAGGCUUCCUCUCUCAGGGAAGGGAGGUGGGGGCUAUGAUGAUUUUGUUAUUCUUUUUUUCCUUCGUGUUGUAAAAAUAUAUGUGAAAUAGGGUGUAAAUGAUGAGAGGGAUUAGCGAUAUGGGUUGGAGAGUAUUAAGUUAAUAGCAAUUGAUUCUUUCGUUUCUUUUGUUAAUCUGAUUAAAGGCUCUUAAUUCUUUAUGUAAAAAUGCUGGGAAAUUACCUGAGUUCUUGUUAUUCAUCUUACCCUAGAACUCCU